AUGGUGCUUUCGCCGCCGGCGGGAAUCGUGGGUGCCUUCGCACUCUUCUCAUCGCCAAUCUCUUCUCAUCUUUCCUCUUCUCGUCACCAUCGCACAAAGGAAUCGUUGACCCCGUGGCAUAACCGUCAUGAAGGUUUCCCGGUCGAUCGUCAUCUCUUCAAGCGCGCUCCCUCUCUCUCACUCACUCUCUCUGUGUCUGAGCUUCGAGCUCUCUAUCGCUCUCUGUUAAAUGUCAGUAGAGAAAUAAGGAAGAUGUUGACUGAAAGGGCCUCCCAUUUCAAUAUUGCACUGGAUGAUGUGUCAAUCACAAGCUUGACAUUUGGUAAGGAAUUUACAGCCGCAAUUGAAGCCAAGCAGGUUGCUGCUCAAGAAGCUGAGAGGGCUAAGUUUGUGGUAGAAAAAGCUGAACAGGACAAAAGAAGUGCUGUUAUUAGAGCACAGGGAGAAGCCAAGAGUGCACAAUUGAUUGGUCAAGCUAUUGCCAAUAAUCCUGCAUUUAUCACCUUGAGGAAAAUUGAAGCUGCAAGGGAAAUCGCUCAUACAAUUUCAAACUCUGCUAACAAGGUUUACUUGAAUUCAGAUGACCUCUUUAUAGCAACAUAG